UUCACUGCAGCGGAGGAAAAUGACAUGGGGAUGAGCGAGCGGGCGCGAGAGAGAAAGACACCAAGAGGCGGGAGGGAGACGGACGGCCAGCCAGGAAUGAACGGUUCGCCAAGAGGUCUGGACGGAAAACAUUACGAUGGGGACCAUUGAUUGACGGCAGAACGGGUUUUCCGCAUCCCCGCUGUCUUCCUCUCCUCCACUUGUGAAGCCAUGGACUAGAGCUCCGUCUGGUCAUGUGAUGGCGUCGCAAACAACCCCGGCAUCAAUACAGAAAAUGAGAACGUGAAGGAAGGCUGGCGUCCACCAAGGCCUCCGCUGCACCGUGGGCAGCGCACACACAUGAUCACAUGACUCUGGACAUGGACGCGGUCCUGUCAGACUUUGUUCGGUCCACGGGGGCAGAACCGGGUCUGGCAAGAGACCUGCUGGAAGGUAAAAACUGGGACCUCAGCGCUGCUCUGAAUGAUUACGAGGAGCUCAGGCAGGUCCACACUGCCAACCUGCCGCAGGUCUUCAACGAGGGCCGCUACUACAAACAGCCAGAGGCGCGUGACACACCGACCCAUGUCAGCAAGAUCGACAGGUCGUGUGCGCAGAAGCAGGAGGACAAUGGACAAGAAAAGCGUCUGUCCCGUGGAAUCUCACACGCCAGCUCGGCCAUUGUCUCCCUGGCGCGGCUACAAGUGGCCAACGAGUGUACCAACGAGCAGUUCCCUCUUGAGAUGCCCAUCUACACAUUCCAGCUGCCAGACCUCAGCGUUUACAGCGAGGACUUCAGGACUUUCAUAGAGAGAGACCUGAUAGAGCAGUCCACCAUGAUGGCUCUGGAGCAAGCUGGUCGUCUGAACUGGUGGUCCACCAUGUGCACCAGCUGUAAGAAGCUUCUUCCUCUGGCCACCACUGGAGAUGGGAACUGCCUCCUCCAUGCUGCUUCUUUAGGGAUGUGGGGUUUCCACGAUAGAGACCUGAUGCUAAGGAAGUCCCUGUACAGCAUGAUGAAGAGCGGAGCAGAGAGAGACGCCCUGAAAAGGAGGUGGAGGUGGCAGCAAACCCAACAGAACAAGGAGUCCGGCCUGGUGUACACUGAGGAGGAGUGGGAGCGGGAGUGGAACGAGCUGCUCAAGUUGGCCUCCAGUGAGCCUCGAACUCACCUCAGCAAAAACGGCAACACGAGCGGAGGGGUGGAUAACGCUGAAGAUCCGGUUUAUGAGAGUCUGGAGGAGUUCCAUGUGUUUGUGCUGGCCCACGUGCUGCGCAGGCCCAUUGUCGUGGUGGCCGACACGAUGCUAAGAGACUCGGGAGGAGAAGCGUUUGCGCCAAUCCCCUUCGGAGGUCUCUACUUACCGCUGGAGGUUCCUCCGAGCCGAUGUCAUUGCUCCCCGCUUGUGUUGGCUUACGAUCAGGCGCACUUUUCCGCCCUGGUGUCCAUGGAGCAGAGAGACCAGCAGCGAGAGCAAGCUGUAAUCCCCCUGACGGACUCGGAGCACAAGCUGCUGGCGCUGCACUUUGCCAUGGACCCUGGCCGGGACUGGGACUGGGGCAGGGACGACAAUGAUAACACCAAGCUGGCCAAUCACAUCUUGUCACUGGAGGCCAAACUGAGCCUGUUGCACAACUACAUGAAUGUAACCUGGAUCCGAAUUCCAUCCGAAACAAGGGCUCCCCUGGCUCAGCCCGAGUCUCCCACCGCUUCCGCGGGUGAGGACGUGCAGUCCCUGGCUGAGUCCAUCGAAUCCGACCGCGAGUCUGUUGGCAGCAACUCCAACGUCAACGUGGGUAAGGGCGGCAAGGACAAGGACAAAGAGAAGCUGCAUCGCAAAGACAAAGACAAGAACCGGGCCGAUUCUGUAGCCAACAAGCUGGGGAGCUUCAGCAAAACACUGGGCAUCAAGCUGAAGAAAAACAUGGGGGGUCUUGGGGGUCUGGUGCACGGCAAAAUGAACAAAUCCAACUCUGCCUCGGGACGAAGCGGGGAGAACGGAGUGGAAAAAACAAAAAAGUCCAAGACAACCAAAGGGAAUAAAGAUGAGUCGGGCCACUCGGCCAGCUCCACUUCCUCUGAGAAGGCCACGAGCCCCUCCCCUACAGAUAGAGACAAGCCCUCAAGCUCCUCCCCCACCGACAGAACGGACAGCACAGGGAGGGUCUCGGGCGACAAGAGCCUGGACAAUUGGAAAUACAGCACGGACGUCAAGCUGAGCCUCAACAUCCUGCGGGCCGCCAUGCAGGGCGAGCGCAAGUUCAUCUUCGCCGGCCUCCUCCUCACCAGCCACCGGCACCAGUUCCACGAGGAGAUGAUCAGCUACUACCUGACCAGCGCCCAGGAGCGUUUCAGCCAGGAGCAGGAGCAGAAGAGGAAGGAGGCCGAGAAGAAGCCCGCGGCUGGCGGCGACGCGGUCGCCAAGAAGCCGGAGAGCGAGAGCGUCUUCCAGAGGGAGAGGUCGGACAGCUCGCCCCCAGAGAGCUGCUCCCCUGUCCUGCCGCAACGCGCCUACACCCCGCAGCCCCCCGUGGCGCUCAAGGCGCAAGGCAGGAACAGUCCCAUCCCCGCCGCCCCUCACGUCACCUUCCCGGUCCCUCCACUCACCCCGCCCACCGCCGCCUCCCACCGCCUCGCCCACUCCGCCGCGCCUUACUCCUCCCCCAGUUUUGGUGCUAAGAGAUUCGGGCCCGUCCCCGUGUCGGCCCACUACAGCCAUACCCCUCCCAUCCAGAGGCACAGCGUGAUCCACCUCCAAGAUGUCAACUCGCGGUCCCCCGUCUUACGAGAAGCCUACAAGCCGGCGCCGGUGAGCGCCCUGAAGACGUGCGCCACCUACCCGCAGCAGAACCGCACGCUGUCGUCGCAGAGCUACAGCCCGGCUCGCCUGUCGGGCGUGCGGACCGCCAACACCCUGGAAACGCUGGCGUACAACAUGCCCGCCGAACACAAGUCCCACACCUACACCAACGGAUUCAACGCGGGCGACAUUCAAGACUGCCUGGAGUUCGCCGACGGCGACGACAACUCGUCCCACGCCUGGCUCAACCAAGACAAAACCAAAGGGCGCGCUUCGGGAAGCCCUAUGUACUGCUUUCAGCAACGGCGCUGCAAGAGGGACAACUGCUCCUUCUACGGCAGGCCCGAAACGGACCACUACUGCUCCUACUGCUACAGGGAGGAGCUCAAGCGCAGGGAGAGGGAGAGCAAAGCGCAGAGGCCCGCAUAGCCAUGGAGAACGACGCUACCUGCACUUUGCAUCCACCACAACACCAUGGAGAAUGCGACCCCCCCACACACACCCCGCCCCGCCCCCGUUCCCUUGUUAGUCAAGAUGAGGGAAGCGGAAAUCCAUACGGUGAGCACCUUUGGCCAGAUGUUAUUCAUUUUGUUUUUUUAAAUUUCAUCUUUUACUUGUUUUAGAGUAAAAGUCACCCCUCGCGCUCUUUGCAGCGUCGCAAAGACGAAGCUUCUUAAUUUCUCAUCGUCGAAAAGAUUUCGAUCUCACGUUGGCCGGAGCGUUUCGAGCGAAGCGGUUCGAACGCAAUACCUCGGCCGGGUAGCUCGUAUUCUUCGAGUUGUUUUGCAAUCAAAAGAAAGUGAAGGGGAGAUUGGUAUCAGCCUCGGAAGCAAUAAAUCGGUGAUCUCCUGCUCCACUCUCCCCUAAUUUUGUCUAUGCACCAAUAAUAUAUAGAUACUGUAGGGUAACUGUGUCUUGUAAAUUGUCCGAUUUGUCACGCCGAGCUCCCGGGAGCAAAUUUCAACCACAGGAAUUCAAACGUGCACGCGAUAUGGCUUAACGUUGGAUCGACCUCAUCGAGUAAGUGUACCUUUUGUCCUGCAAAAGAUUCACGACGCGAUGGGUCAAAAGUGGCUUUUUUUUUCUUUUUGAAAAGGAAUUUCCUGUGCCAAACACUGAACAAUGGAGCGCUCCUCAAAAUAUGCAGUGUUCACAGUGUGUCCCUCUGAGCUGCCUGUCUAAUACUGCUAAUUGGUAAGUGUCUUAGAUGAGAAGAAUCGUGGGUAGUACGAACAAGAGCCGAUGCGUAUUUGUCCAAAGUGUGAUUACGUGUCCGCCCCUGUAGGCCCGCCCACCCGUCUGUCUCUCUCUCACGCGCGAUGCAGUCGUGCUUUGUAUCACUCCGUGGUGACAACGUGCGUCUUUCACGUUUUCGAGAAGCACCUGCUGCUAUAAGAGCACCUCAAGCCUUUGUGAUCAUCAGUGCUUUAACCAAUCGGUGGGUUUGGGGGAGGAGGGGCAAAAAAAAAAAAAAAAACAGGUACAACCCAGGCCUCCAAGUGCUUUCUGCUCAUUGAACAUGACGACUGUAACGAAGCCGUGUUUGUGUUGCCGUUUGUUUCUGGUGAUGCUGUUUGCCCAUCACGUUACCUACCAUGCUGUCCUUAACAAAAUUGUGUGUCCUGGCCAAGGAUGUCAACUGCGGUUCGCUUCUGUCUCUACUGUCGCUCCUCUUCGUUUCUACGUGACCCCCUCCCCCCUACCCCUCCCUUCAUGGACUCCCACCAUGUUAAGACUGUAAGAUAUGAUUUUGUAUUCCUUUAAGACUUUUACACUACUUUAAAUUAUUGAUUUGCACAUUAGGUACAGAUGUAUAUAUAAACAAAAUAAUAGUUUAUUGUUACAAA